AGGUACAACAACCUGACAGAAAUUGUGAUCUUGUACGAAGGCGCUCGAUAUGGUGAUGUUGUUGAACUGUUGACUGAUCCCUCUGGGAAGAGAUUGGAUCCUUUGGUGUUUGAGCAUGUUUCCAAUGAUAAAUCUAGCGAGGUUCCCUUGCCAAGCAAAGCUCACAUGCUCCGCAUUCUUGUUGAAUGUCUGGGGAAACUAAAGGCUUGGGCACAACUUCUUGAGCUCUCUCACAGUCUUCUGAGUGAAGGACUAAAGGUUUGGAAUGGGAAUGGCAAUGGCAAUGGCGAAGGGGAAGUUGAAGUUGCAGCUGUAGCUGUAUGUGGGAGAGAGCGAGAUGAAUGGACUGAAUUCCUCAUCUUUCUCAUCAAUGCCUUGGCCACUGCCAUUCGAGAGUGCCCAAACAUCUUG